AUGUCCACCAAUAUCUGUUUAUGUGGUAAAAACAAAUUAAGACUAAAUGACACCAAUUGGAAGAGACAUUUAACUGCAUGUAAUGUUGCAAAAUUGAAAAAAUCUAACCUAGUCAACGAUGUCUCUAGUUUUUUUUCUAAAAAACGUGUAAAUAAUGUAGAACAUACUCAGCGGCAGAAAAUUAAUUUAGUACCUCAUUGUUCUAAUUCUGAAACAGCAAUUAUUGAUUCAGAUUCUAAUAGUUUCCAACGUUUUCCCAAUGAUCCAGCAUUAAUAUUGUCAACAAGUUCAAACGCAAUUAUGAGAGAGUCUGAAGUUUUUUCAAUCAUAGAAUCAAGUACUGGUGCUAAUACCAAUACAGAUUGUAAUAUUGAACUUGAUGAUAAUUCUACUGCAGCUCAAUAUGAUAAAGUUAUUAAUACAGAAACAGCAAUUAUUGAUUCAGAUUCUAAUAGUUUCCAACGUUUUCCCAAUGAUCCAGAAUUUAUAUUGCCAACAAGUUCAAACGCAAUUAUGAGAGGGUCUGAAGUGUUUUCAUUCAUAGAAUCGAGUACUGGUGCUGAUACUAAUACAGAUUGUAAUAUUGAACUUGAUAAUAAUUCUACUGCAGCUCAAUAUGAUCAAGUUAUUAAUACAGAAACAGCAAUAAUUAUUGAUUCAGAUUCUAAUAGUUUCCAACGUUUUCCCAAUGAUCCAGCAUUAAUAUUGUCAACAAAUUCAAACGAAUAUUUCGCUUAUUUAGCCAGUUUACAUCCAUGCCAGCCGUUACCAGCUGAACUAAAAAAUCAAGAGUUUCCUAAACGAAAACAGGUAAGAAAUUGGGUUUCUUAUUCUCCUUCUGAAGACAAAGUAUAUUGUAUUGUAUGUAAACUUUUUGGAACAACUCAUUCCAAGUGUAACCAACUUGCAAAAUGUGGAUCGAAUGAUUGGAGACAUAUUGCCUACAAACUUAAAGUGCACGAAUGUUCAACAGAUCACUUGCAGUCUGAAAUUAGAAGAGCCAUGUAUAUCAGUAAUCAGAGAGUGAAUAUUACCACAUUAGGACUCCCCAACUCUAUUGUUGCAGAAAAUAGAGAAAUAGUAAAAAUAAUUUUUGAUGUUUUAAUUUACUUAGCUCGACAAAACUCUGCAUUUCGAGGACACAAUGAAAGCUGGAGCUCUAAAAACCAAGGUAAUUUCUUAGAAUUGUUAAAAUUAAUGUCAAAACAUAAUGCAUUACUUAAAUCUCAUUUAAGUAAAAUUACAAAUGCUUCAAAAAAAAAUCGUAUAACAUUUCUCUCCAGCGACAGUCAAAAUACAAUGUUAAAUGUACUUGGUGAAAUAGUUCGAUUAGAAAUUUUAAAAAAAGUAAAAAAAGCUCGGGUGUUUUCUAUUAUUAUAGACACAACUACCGAUGUGGCUAACCUGGAACAGUUUUCACUUGUAUUGCGUUUUGUUAAUGAUGAUCAUCAGCCUGAAGAACGCCUUAUCGCAGUUAAAGUAGCAAGUGAUGCAUCUGGAAAAGGUUUGUUUGAUUUAUUUUGCGAAAUUUGUAAUCUUUACGAAUUGGAUUGGGAAAAUAAUUUAUGUGCUCAGUCAUAUGAUGGAGCUGCCUGUAUGCAAGGUCAAUAUUCUGGAGUGCGUUCAUACAUACAGGACAAAAAUCCUCAAGCCAUAUAUAUUUGGUGCUUUUCUCACAUACUAAAUCUUGUAAUUGUUGAUACAUGUGAUAAAAGCACAAGUAUGAGAAACUUCUUUGGUGAAUUGCAAUCAGUAAUAAGUUUUAUGAGAGCAAGGAAACGUACUGCUAUAUUUAAAGAACAACAAAUAAAAGUUUAUCCUGAUCAAAGAGUCAGUCGCAUUAAAAAUUUUUCUACAACUCGAUGGACUUCCCACGAUCGAGCAAUUUCAAUUAUUCAUGAUAAGUAUGAAGCACUAUUGAUGACUUUAGAAGAAUUAACCAAUUCACCAGAUCGAGAUUGCUCUUCAACAGCUAAAAACUUACAUAUCAUCAUAUCUUCAUUCACGUUUGUCCUAAAUUUAAAGUUAAUGAAAAAAAUAUUUUGUUAUACCACUCCAUUAUCAGUCUACCUACAAUCGCCAGCAAUUGAUUUUAUCCAGGCUUUAACUAUGGUAGAUAAUGUAAGUAAGCAAAUUAAAAAGUUAAGGACAAAUCAUGAGGCAGAAAAUUUAUUGAAUGAAGCCAAAACAUUUGCAAGUGACAAUGGUCUUACUGAAAGCUGUUUGCCAGAAGUACAUGUCCGACGUAGAAAAAUAAUGGCCGGUGAAGCAUCAACAGAACAUUUAAUUGUAAAUCCAUUAGAUAAAUUUAGAACAGAAGUUUAUUUUGUUAUUUUAGAUCAAAUUACAAAUUCUAUCUUAAUGAGAUUUGACGGAGCUCGAAAUAUAUUAAAAGACUUUUCGAUUCUUUCCUAUGAUCGUCUUAUGGCUACAAGUAAUGGAGAACCUAUUCCCAAUGAUUUAUUUGAAACACUGGUCCAAUGGAUUCCAAAUUUACAACUUGAAGAAUUGAAAAAUGAAUAUUUAAUAUUUGCUUCUAGUUUUAAAAGUCUGCAAUCCAGUUUGAAUCUUACAUCAUUAUCUAAUUCUGAAAAUGAAAUAAGUAUUACUGAAGAAAAUACUGAUGCAUGUGAUUCUGAUACAUUCCCUAAUUUGUUUGUUGCUUACAAGUAUUUAUGUACCAUUCCGGCCACAUCUGUUUCAAGUGAACGAUCAUUUUCAAAGCUUAAGCUCAUCAAAACUCGUUUACGCUCCACUAUGCAGCAAAAUCGUUUGGAAAGCUUACUUUUACUUUCAUAUAAAACUUCUGAGACUAGAACAACGACAUUAUCUUCUCAAAAUAGUAUUUACAAACACAACUCACAUAAUUUAUCAUCUGGUAUUUAUUUCUUAUAUUUUUAG